AUGAGUGAAGGUGAAAAAUUGGCGAUUAGAAAGCAUGGCGAGAUGCUAAACGCAAUAAAAAAAGAGGAAAAGGUAGAAAAGCUAGUCGUAUCAAAUAAUGAUAAUAGACAACGUCGCAAAUAUCGUAGUAAAUUACUUCGUGAAAACAGGAUUUUGAAGGAAAAAAAUAAAAACUUAUGUGUGACAUAUAGCAGUCUUAAGAAAACUAUAUUAAGAUACAGAAAAAAAAUUAAUACUCUCACCAACCAAUUGAAUCAACUUAAAACAAAAAAUACAGUCGAACCUACAAAAUCCCCUACUACUCCUUUAACAAAAUACAUAGAAGAAGAAAUUCCUGAUAUAUCUGAAGAAUCUAAACAGAAGAUAAGGAAGAAAUUAUUAGAAACUCGUGUUCUGGAAGAGUCUUUAAAAGAAACCUAUAAUGAUAGUAAAUCAAACGAAGAAAAAAACCGACCAUGA